CGCAAUUCAGCUAUGCACGCUGACGGACCUUCCAUUCAUAGUUUUGUGUUUUAUUGAGAAUAUAACACCAUAUGGACUUUGCAUUGGGGAUUCGUUGCGCGGCUUCAUAGUUUUUAGUAUUUUUUAAGUUUAAUCAUGUUGAAAAAUAAUGGAAAGAAGACAGCUAUCUCUGUCGCCUGCACAGCGGGUCUAUGCCUGCUGCUGCUCCUGGUUGCUGUGCAGCAUCACCGGGUUCAGGUGAAUGAGGAGGCGAACGGAGAGGACGCUGGGACACGCUCUCUCCUCCAAGACGCACAGGAGGAGGAGCAGGACGCACAGGCUAAGAAAGGAUUCUCCGCGUAUUUCACCAAACUCACCCGUGGACGGAGGGAGGUGGAGAAGCCCGCACGCUCCUCCGGCUCCGCAGCAGACCCUCCUCCAGCUGAGGACCUCAGCGCUGAUGACAUCUUCAUCGCUGUGAAGACCACCAAGAAGUUCCACCAGUCCAGACUGAACCUGCUCCUGGACACAUGGAUCUCCAGAAACAUGCAACAGACUUAUAUCUUCACGGAUGGCGAGGAUGAAGAGCUAAAAAAGAAAAUUGGGAGUCAUGCCAUCAACACCAACUGCUCUGCAGCUCAUAGCCGACAAGCUCUGUCUUGCAAGAUGGCGGUGGAAUACGACAAGUUUAUAGAGUCGGGGAAAAAGUGGUUCUGUCACGUAGAUGACGACAAUUACGUGAAUGUUCGGACUCUGAUGAAGCACCUGUCCCAGUACCCCCACACCCAGGACAUGUACAUUGGGAAACCCAGCCUGGACCGGCCCAUAGAGGCCACAGAGAGGCUGGGGGACAACAAGAUGAAACCAGUCAACUUCUGGUUUGCUACUGGAGGAGCUGGCUUCUGUGUGAGCCGCGGUCUGGCACUGAAGAUGAGCCCGUGGGCCAGUGGUGGCCACUUCAUGAACACUGCAGAGAAGAUCCGCCUGCCGGACGACUGCACCAUCGGCUACAUCAUCGAGUCGGUUCUGGGGGUUCCUCUGACCCGCAGCAACCUGUUCCACUCCCACCUGGAGAACCUGCAACAAGUCUCAAGAUCUGAGAUACACAAGCAGAUCACCCUUAGUUAUGGGAUGUUUGAAAACAAGAGUAAUAUCAUCAAUUUGAAAGGGGCUUUUCCUGUGGAGGAAGAUCCAUCAAGGUUCAAGUCUGUGCACUGUCUCCUGUACCCAGACACCCCAUGGUGUCCCCCUCAAGUUGCCUUUUAGGGCGACUGCUCCUUUCUCAUCCUCGUCCCCGUCGUGCCUCGGUAUCUGAAAGGCUCGUGGGGACCAGUGUUUUGGUAUUAGACCGCACGGCUGCUGUAUUGUCGCUGCAGUUGUGUGCGGUCUUUAAUAGUUUUACUGGGCUGCUGUGCGGCCCGCCUCGGGACUAUUCCUUCCUGUCCGGAGAGAGGACGUUGCCCCAUCAUGUUCUGGUGGAGGACCCCGGCUCUGGACAGGAAGUAGCUUUCAGCGUUAAGCUUUGCAGGCAAUCAGUUGAGCUUUGUGAUGUAUAUGUUGCUUGUAAAUGUAUCUGCAAUUCUCAUAGAAUGUAUUGUCAUAUAUCCAAGCCUUUCUGCCAGCUUUACAUUAACAUUUUUUUUGUUUUAGCUUUUUUAAAAUGCCACACUGGCCUUUGUUUGUAGGCUUUUUGGCUUUUAUCAUUACAUAUAAUUGGCUUUUUCAGGCAUUUUUGUUUCAAUCUUUUAACUCUGCUGACUCCGGACAAAUGCUCUAAUAUGAAGAUGUUUUUGUGGUUUUAAGUUGACAGUGUUAUUUCUCCCAUAAACUGAGCUGGCAUUAGGCAGAUUUCCAAAUGCAUCUUUUGGUGACCUAAUCUGAGGUAUAUCAGGACAAAGCACUUUCCUUUUUUCAUAUUUUUUAACUAAACUGACCUUAUUUACGUCCUUUUAAUGACAUGCCUCAGAUUUGUGUCCAAACUAACAAAAGAAAUAAUAACAAGAAACAUAACCCCUCAAAAACUCUUUCUAUUCAUUCUUAUGUAUUUAAAAACAUUCCUUGCAUUUGUUACAAUCAGGGGAAAGGUAAUGAGUGGAAGAGAUUUUGAUUCGGGGUUACAAUCAGCUUUUAAAUUGCUAUGAAAAGUUUUCUUUUUUUGUUGUUUGAAAAUUGCACAGCUUAGUUUCAAAUGAGCUGAUGUUUGCUCCUGAAAAGACGCUCACCUCAAAAGGUUAAACAGUGAAUAAUUAGCCCUGAGAGUAAAAACCAGAUUGAACACAUUGUGUAAUGUGAGACACAGUCUAUAAUAGUUUGCACAAAAGACUAAAGAGACUCUCUUAUUAUUAAUAUUGAUGUUUAUUACACAUAAUAUUGGCUGGUUACUGUUGAGGCCUGUGAGGUGAGAAACUUUACAAGAGCAACAUGAGUUUUUCCACAUGGAGGUGUUCCCUCUGUGUCGUCUUUCACCCAUAUUGGGUGACACUGUACAUUUUGAUUACAGUAUUGUGUACUGUGCCUUUGUUCGAAUUAGCAGCGAUUGUAUAAUGUUUAGAAUGUAAUUUCCCCCCUUUUUUGUGGUUUACAUAUGCUUUUAAUGACCCGGACAUGAUUUUUGUACUGCUUUGAUCUGUGCUAAAUGACUGUGGUGUUUAUUCUCCAGUAUCUGGAGGGUUCGAAUGGUUCAUUCCCAAUACUGGCUUCUCAGGGAUUAUGAGCUGAUCCUGGUAUUAACUACCAUGGGACCCACGGUGGGACCUAAAACUUUGAAUAAAAGUGCAUAA